AUGGCUUCGCAAGAGGUGCUUGCUCUCGGAAGAGUCGAACAGCUAAUAAUAUCUCUGUACCAACCCAAUCCGCCGGAGGUGAUUGCAAGCACCCAGGCGGCGCUGGCCAGGAUACAGAGUUUACCACAGGCAUGGCCGCUGUCGAAACAGCUGCUUGGUCGUCCAGACGAGAAAGUUCAAUUUUUUGGAGUGCUCACAAUCAUUAUCAAGCUCAACACUGAAAGCACACCAAUCGCAAACGAAGAAGCGACAGAGCUACUGCUGUGUCUCAUAGGAUGGUACGUGGACCUCACAGCCAAAGACGGAAGUCGACUUGUCACGAGGAAGCUUGUUUCGGCCUUAUCAACCUUUUUCCUCCACUAUCACACAAUAUGGCCGCGCUUCCUCGACCACAUCGGAGUAUGCCUAGCAAACAACCAGGCAUGGCGUCCUGAAGCCGUCCAGCCCACUCUACAAAUGGAAAAUAUACUAGAUAUGCUAGGGCCGAGGCAAGUGCAAGCACUUCUGUGGGUAGCUACACACGUUGUAGAAGACGUGACGCGGCUAGAUCCGAAUUCUGUGAAGAACGCGACAUCAUAUAAAGCAACGCUGGACAGUACAGCAAGCUUCAUGACGGUGCUGGCAAGAUGCUUUCACAGCAAGGGCGUCCCUGCACCCAUCCUCGAAGACGCAAUAAAAUGUCUGCAGUCAUGGGUAAUCUUUACGCAAAAGGCGCCGACUCACGAAAACAACGUUAUCAGUUCAGUGAAACCCUUACUUGGGAGUGUCAUUGAGCUCCUGGCUGUUGAUGCCGUGUAUGAUGCGUCAGCAGAACUUCUCAUCGAAGCCCUGUCCAACAAUCCAUCACUAUUUACGCCUGAUCACCACAGUCUUUUCGACAUGUUGUUCAAAAGUCCAUGGGCUGACGGGUUCUACCAGCGGAUUGCAGAUGGAGACUUUGCUUUCGAUUCUAUCCAAUUUUCCCAGCUGCUCCUGGCAUUUGCCGAAACAAGAAUGUCACUGCUCGUGCAAAACUGCCACGCAGAUAGCUCCGAGAUAUUGUCCCAUCUAUGCGAUCUUAUCAUUGCCCAGGGUUAUCCCGUUGUAGAUGAUAGGAUCUUCGUCCCAGUCGUCGAAUUUUGGUCCUCGUUCGCAGAGAUGAUACCAGAUCACCUAUCGGUAGACCCCAGCGAAGAACAGCCGUGGAAAGUCCAUGCCUAUGCAUUACUAUUGAAGGCAUGCUCCAAUGCAUGGCAAAAAAUCACAUAUCCUCCAAGCACAGAGGUAGCAGACUGGGAUUCAAACGACAGAGCAGGCUUUGCUGACUCACGGAAAGACGUGAUUGACCUUUUGCAAUCUGUUUAUGCCCUGAUAGGCCCACAGCUGCUAGGAACGUUUGCUGAAACUGUGAUAUCGUCAUUAAAAGAGUCUGCAUGGCUGCGACUUGAGGCAGCCGUGUAUUGCCUUGGCGGCCUCGCCGAUUGCUGCCAAGAUGAUGAUCGCUGCGACGGCUUCCUGGCCUCGGUCUUUCACUCACAGCUAUUCACAAUUCUCCGAGAUGGACGCGCCUCAGUACCGACACGAACUCAACAAACAUGUCUUCAGUUAAUCGAACUAUACACCGAAUACUUUGAACGAAACCCAAUACUGCUGCCGCCAGCGCUUGAGCUGUUAUUCUCUACACUAGGAGAUACAGCAAUGGCGCCUGCGGCGUCGAAAUCAAUCCUGAGGCUGUGUUCCUCCUGUAGAGCCCACUUGCAUACCGAAAUCGAUGCUUUUCUGACAGAAUACGCGAGGGUUGUUACUGAGCAGCAGCUGGACUGUGCGACCAGUGAGAGAACCAUUGGAGCAAUGUCUUCGGUUGCCCAAGCUAUUCCCAAUACAGCGGAGCGAUACCUCAGAUACGGACGAAUUUUGGAGUUUAUUGAAGUGGAAUUGCAGAGAUGCCAGCGACUUGCGGGCGCGCAGGAAAGAACCGAUAUGGAACUGCCUCAUCUGGCUUGCUCAGAUACCUUACCGGAAGAGAGCCCUAGUCUUCACAUGGCACUCAAGGUGCUGAGGUGUCUUGUCGGUAUGGGAAAAGGUGUUCAAGCCCCCGCCGAGAGCGCAAUUGAUCUCGAACAUGAAAAGCAAGCCGGCGUGGCCCAGGAUGGUGCUCUACCGGAAAUCCAAAGGCGGAUUGUUGCCGUCAUCGUGGAGAUUCAAAAAAUGUUCCCGACUAGCAGCGAAGUUACAGAGCAAAUUUGCAAUGUACUGCGAACCGGUUUCUCCGAAACCGAGCCAGGUCCUUUUGUCCUCCCGCCCUCCGAAGUUGCUCAAUACCUGACCUCACACUCGCUUGCUACGCCACGAGUAGGGCUUUUCAUAAGCACUGCAUGUUCAUUUACCAGCUCACUCCGUGGAAAAGACAACCAGCAAAACGUUUUCUUCACAGUAAUGGGCUGGGUUAUUGGGAUUCUGAGGCAAUUUCCCUACGACAGCAACAGAAAUGCGAAUACAGGGGCAUCGGCGCAAAUUGACAUCUCGGCCGAGCCAGAGGUUGCGCAGAAUGCUAUAGAGAUUUCUAGCCGAAUACUGACAAAGGACCCGUCUAUCAUUCUUCACAUCCAACCUGCAGAAGUGGCAGAGUUCUUUUUUCUGUUUGCGUUACAGGCUUUAGACGGACCUGAGCCUCUGCCCAAGGCAGCGGCCGCAGAGUUUUGGGCAGCAUUCGUCAACGUGAGAAGCAGCGACGAAAGCUUUCAAAACGCCUUGUCUGGUGCUAUGAACACACUUGGCCCUCUCCUCUGCCAAAGUCUCGCAAGGAACUUCGGGGGUAAUGCUUCUCGAAGUGAGCUGGAUAAACUCAGCGAGCCUCUGAAGAAGCUGAUCAAUAGGCACCCGAGAGCAAAGGAAUGGCUCGAAGCUGGCUUACACCACCCUACAUUUCCAAGCAACAAAGUUUCGCAGACUGAGAAAUCAAUGUUUGUCAAGAAAGUGGCGAGUCUCCGCGGCGCUCGUGCCACCAACCAAGUAGUUCGCGACUUUUGGCUUGCGGCGAGAGGAUCGAACUUUUCAUACGCAGCAUGA